AUCCUCUUGCUUACCUGCACGAAAUGAAGGACUUUAUUUGUGACGAUUAAAAGCAAACCAUUUUCAUGAUCACAUGUACACAGAUGAAAGUGAGUCGUGAGCUAUGAAUAUUUCAUGAGUGUAAGAGAGCCACACACACACACACAGAGCGAGAGAGAGAACAGUUUUCUUCAGUUUAAAGACUUCACCCAGAAACAUGGACGCACCUGUGGUUUUUGGAGGGAGAGAUGAAGAGGUGGGCGAGUCGGCAGACAUACACAGCCUCCUGACACAGGAAGUAGAUCUGCACGUUACCGAGGGGAGAGUCGGUGUCCAGAAGAAUCAGGAGCGGGUGACUCACAUCAGACAGCUGAGAGAACAUCUUCAUAAGGAAUCUAACCAAUCAGGAUGCAGCACUAGCGCUGUGGAGCAUGAGAAACUCCUGGAGUGCAGAAUGAGACAGAGAGAGACUCAUGAGAGAGUGAUAGAGGAUGAACUGAUGAAGAUGGAGCGAGAGCUGGAGGAGCUGCAGGUGGAAGGUGUGGAGGGUGAGUUGUUUUAUCUGCGCAGAGAGAGAUGCAUUCUGGUUCUUCAGCUGGAAGCGUUGCGCAGAGAGAACCAGCAGGCACACCAAGACCUGGAGACUCAGUACAUACAACACCAACUCCAACUGAACACGGUCCGAGAAGAGAGCUUACGGGUGACAAACAACACAUCCCACAAUGCACUGCACUCCUUCAAGGUUUUAAUUGACAGAAAAAGACUAAACGGCCAUUUUGAAUUCCAGAACUGGACCUUUAAUAUUGCAGAUGUAUUUCAGCGUUGUGGAUGUUCUCUAGUGGUAUACGGACCAUUUUGUCAAGUGUCAUCAACGUAUUCAAGGAUCAAGAAACAUUCACUACUGUGCACAGUAGAUGCGAGUACACUGCUCUGCCUCUGAGGUUUUUCUAAGUAUGGCGUUUAAUUGAGUUUCUUCACUGUGUGUUUGUUUUCAGGUGUUCAGGACAUUUCGUGAGGUCCUAGAGGAACAGAAGAGGACGUCUGAGGGAAGGUACAGGACUCUGCUCAUAGAUGCUAUUCAGGAUGCAGUUCACCUGUCCAAUAAAAACC